CUUGUCAUCCCAGUCAACCCUAAUCAUUCCAGUCAUCCCUAGUCAUCACUAAUCAUCCCAGUUCUCCCUACUCAUCCCUAGUCAUCCCUACUCAUCCUUAGUCAUUCAAGUAAACCCAAGACAUCCCACUAAUCCCUAGUCAUCAAUACUUAUCUGUAGUCAUCCCAGUCAUAUCUUGUAAUCCCUAGUCAUCCCAGUCAUCCUAGUAAUCCCUAGUAAUUCCAGUCAUCCCUAGUCAUCCCAGUCAUCCCUAGCCAUCCUAGUAAUCCCUAGUCGUCCCAGUCCUUCCUAGUCAUCCCCAGGCAUCCCACGUCGUCCUAAUCAUCAAUAGUCAUCCCAGUAAUCGCAAGUCUUCCCAGUAAUCCCUAGUCAUGACUAGUCAUCCCAGUCAUCCUAGUCAUUCCUAGUCAUCCCAGUCAUCCCUAGUGAUUCCUAGUCAUCCCAGUCAUCCUAGUCAUCCCUAAAAAUUCCAGCCAUCCCUAAUCAUCCCAGUCAUCCCUACUAAUUCUAAUCAUCUCUUCCCAUCCCAGUCAGCCCUAGUCAUUCCUAGUCAUCACAGGCAUCCUAGUAAUCCCUAGUCAUUCCAGUCAUCCCUAGAAAUCCCUAGUCAUCCCUAGUCAUACUAGUCAUCCCUAGUCAUCCCCGUCAUCCCAAUCAUUCCAGUCAUCCCUAGUCAUCCCAGAGAUCCCUAGUCAUUCCAGUCAUCCUUAGUUAUCAAAGUCAACACUAGUCAUCCCUAGACAUCCCUAGUCAUCCCUAGUCAUUCCAGUCAUCCCAGUAAUCCCUAGUCAUCCCAGUUAUCCUAUUUAUCCCUGGUCAUCCCUAGUAAUCCCAGUCAUCCUAGUCAUCCCAAGUCAUCCCAAUAAUCCUUAGUCUUCCUAGUCAUCUUUAGUCAUUCCUAAUCAUCCCAGUCAUCCUAGUAAUCCCACUCAUCCCCAGUCAUCCCUAGUCAUCCCAGUCAUCCUAGUCAUCCCAGUCAUCCUUAGUCAACCCAGUCAUCCUUAGUUACCAAAGUCAUCCCUAGUCAUCCCAAGUCAUCCGAGUCAUCCCUAGUCAUCCCAGUCAUAUCAGUAAUCCCUAGUAAUCCCAGUCAUCCCUAGUCAUCCAGAGUAAUCCCAGUCAUCCCUACUCAUUCCUAGUCAUCCCUAGUCUUCUCUAAUCAUCCCAGUCAUCCUAGUCAUCUCUAGUCAUUCCAGUCAUCCCUAGUCAUCCCAGUCAUUGCAGUCAUCCCUAGUGAUCCCUAGUAAUCCUUUCCCAUCCCUAGUAAUCGCUAGCCAUCCCAGACAUCCCUAGUCAUGGCUAAUCAUCCCAUUCAUCCCUAGUCAUCCGAGUAAUCCCUAGUCACCCCUAGUCAUCCCAAGUCAUCCCUAGUCAUCCCCACUCAUCCCUAGUCAUCCCAGUCAUCCUUACUGAUUCCUAGUCAUCCCAGUCAUCCUAGUCAUCUCUAAAAAUUCCAGUCAUCCCUAAUCAUCCCAGUCAUCUCUACUCAUCCUAGUCAUCUCUUGCCAUCCCAACCAUCCCUAGUCAUUCCUAGUCAUCACAGUCAUCCUAGUAAUCCCUAGUCAUUCCAGGCAUCCCUAGUCAUCUCAGUAAUCCCUAGUCAUCCCUAGUCAUCCCAGUCAUCCCAGUCAUUCCAGUAAUCCCUAGUCAUCCAAGACAUCCCUAGUCAUUCCAGUCAUCCUUAGUCAUCCCAGUCAACACUAGUCAUCCCUUGUCAUCCCUAGUCACCCCAGUCAUCCCCAGUCAUCCAGAGUAAUCCCAGUCAUCCCUACUCAUUCCUAGUCAUCCUUAGUCUUCCCUAAUCAUCCCAGUCAUCCUAAACAUCUCUAGUCAUUCCAGUCACCCCUAGUCAUCCCAGUCAUUGCAGUCGUGCCUAGUCAUCCCUAGUAAUCCUUAAACACCCCUAGUCAUCGCUAGCCAUAUUAGACAUCCCUAGUCAUGGCUAGUCAUCCAAUUCAUCCCUAGUCAUCCGAGUAAUCAAUAGUCAGACCUAGUCAUCCCAAGUCAUCCCUAGUCAUCCCCACUCAUCCCUAGUCAUCCCAGUCAUCCUAGUCAUCACUAGUCAUCUCAGUCAUCCCUAGUGAUUCCUAGUCAUCCCAAUCAUUCUAGUCAUCCCUAAAAAUUCCAGUCAUCAUUAAUCAUCCUAGUCAUCUCUUGCCAUCCCAAACAUCCCAAGUCAUUCCUACUCAUCACAGUCAUCCUAGUAAUCCCUAGUCAUUCCAGGCAUCCCUAGUCAUCCCAGUCAUCCCUAGUCAUCCCUUGUCAUCCUAGUCAUCCCGGUCAUCACUAGUCAUUCAAGUCAUCCCAGUAAUCCCUAGUCAUCCCAGUUAUCCUAUUUAUCCCUGGUCAUCCCUAGUCAUCCCAGUCAUCCUAGUCAUCCCAAGUCAUCCCAGUAAUCCCUAGUUUUCCUAGUCAACUUUAGUCAUUCGUAAUCAUCCCAGUCAUCCUAGUCAUCUCUACUCAUCCUAGUCAUCUCUUGCCAUCCCAAACAUCCCUAGUCAUUCCUAGUCAUCACGGUCAUCCUAGUAAUCCCUAGUCAUUCCAGGCAUCCCUAGUCAUCCCUAGUCAUCCUAGUCAUCCCAGUCAUCCCCGUCAUUCCAGUAAUCCCUAG